GUGUCGUUCACAACCUUUUUAUUGCUAUAUUUAUGUCCCUUGAUUUUUCAUAUUCUUUUUCUCUCCACAAAUUUUAAGUUAAUUUGACUAUUUGAGGGUUUAUAUUUUUAAAUUUGACUAUUUUCUUAUAAUUGAGGGGUCGCCUUCUUAUCCUGUAUCGUCAACCAUGACAAAUUCUCAUGUUUUUAACAAUUUUCAAGGGGAUACUUCAAAUGGGUUCUUGGGAUUGAAGAUGGACAAUCAAGCAGCAGCACUACUACCAAGAACAGAAUUCAAGGACCUUAACUCAUCAUCACAAAGUGCAAGCUUUGCAAGUGGGUCUGAAACUGAGCUAAAACCAGGCAAAAAGAAGGGGGAAAAGAAGAUUAGAAAACCCAGAUAUGCUUUUCAAACUAGGAGCCAAGUUGAUAUACUUGAUGAUGGUUAUCGGUGGAGGAAGUAUGGCCAAAAAGCUGUCAAAAACAACAAAUUCCCGAGGAGCUACUAUCGGUGCACGCAUCAAGGGUGCAAUGUAAAGAAACAAGUGCAACGCCUAACCAAAGAUGAAGGCAUUGUAGUAACAACUUAUGAAGGGAUGCAUACUCAUCCUAUAGACAGGCAAACUGACAACUUUGAACAUAUCUUGAACCAGAUGCAAAUUUACACUUCCUUUUGAAGUUUAGAUCAAAUUAUGUACACUUCUCUGUAAUGGAUAUAAAUAUUGAUCCUACUCCUUCAAUAUAUAUUGCAAUAAGGCUAUUUUCUUGGGUAUGGCAACAGAAGUCCAUCCUUUAGUAAUUAAGUUUUUAUUGAUCAUAAAUGUUCUUUAUAGACAUUGUAAGUUUGCUUUAA